UAGCCAUGCAGAACGACGAACUAAUCUGGCAGAACAUCAACCUCAACUUCUGUUCCUACAAAGUGAAAGCAAAGCAACAGAGACAGACAUUCUGUAAGAAUGAGCACAAUGUAACUGGUCUCUGCAAUAGACAGUCAUGUCCGUUGGCUAACAGCAAAUACGCCACUGUUCGGGAGGAUAAGGGAGUUUGUUAUUUGUACAUGAAGGUGAUAGAGAGAGCCCACAGCCCCAAAGAAAUGUGGGAAAAAAUAAAACUCCCUAGGAAUUACGAAAAAGCUCUUGAACUUAUCGACAAGCAUCUGAUAUACUGGCCACAGUUCACCGUGCACAAAUGUAAGCAGCGGUACACGAAAAUAGUACAAUAUCUGAUCAGAAUGAGAAAGUUGAGAAAGAAGAACGUUAAGAAGCUAGUGUCACGUGAUCUGAAGAUGGAGAAGAGAGAAUCGAGGAGGGAGGCUAAGGCUCUAUCUGCAGCCCAGCUUGACCAAUCGAUUGAGAAAGAAUUGUUAGAAAGGUUAAAGAAGGGUACUUACGGAGAUAUCUACAAUAUUCACAAGGAUGUUUUCGAGAAGCUUGUCGAUGAGGAGGAAGAAGAAGAGGAGGGAGAAUCUGAAUACGUUGAAGAUUUCGACGAAAGCGAUUUGGAAGAUAUUGAGGACUACGAGAUGGAAAUGGAGAUGGAAACUGCUGGAGCUAAGAAAAGAGUUAAAAUAACUGAAUAACAAACUUUUUAAAUGAAACAUCUGGUUUUUAUAUUCUUCAGUUCAGAGAUUUUUAGGCUGUACUUUCCUGAUCGAUUGCGGUUUUUGGGUAAUUUAUUCUGACUUAAAAUUCAAUCUAUGCCAUAUUCAUUCCUCUGCCUGUUUUAGUUUUACUCUAUAA